GUGCUAGUGUUCGCCAUGGACAGCCGGGAGUCCUUCGAGGAGGUGAUCCGCCUGCGGGAGCAGAUCCUCGACACGAAGGCCAGCGCCGUCAGCGGCGGCAGCCGCGGCCGGCGCCAGGUGCCCAGGGUGCCCAUGGCCAUCGCGGGCAACAAGUGCGACAGGGAGCUCAAGACUGUACAACCGGAAGAAGCGACCGCCUACUGCGCCACCCAAGACGGCUCCUGCGUCUUUGUGGAAACCUCCGCCAAGAAGAACUACCACGUCGACGACCUCUUCUACGAGCUGUUCGUCGUCGCCAACCUCCCCCUAGAAAUGGCCCCGAACCACCACAAACGAGUCAACACAACCUUCGGCAGCCCCUGCACCUUACCUCCGACCAGCAGCCAAAGUAAUAGGAGUAAGAAAUGCACACUAUCCAUCAAAAGAAGGCUGUCGGAUGCCUGCGGCGUUGUAGCCCCGAACGUGCGAAGACCGAGCAUCCGGACAGACCUUAUGAUAAUGAGAACCAAGACUUGUGCCAAAGGAGACAGUGACAGUGCCGGUGGGAGCCCGAAGCUGACCCUGAACCGGCUGGUGCGCUCUAGCGGACAGAAUGACAAGAGGUCGUGCGCUCUUCAGUGAUAUUUGUAAUGUGUCAGUUAUUGCAGGUGCGUCACACAAUCAUGUCCGGAUUGAGAUUUUUUAAGGAAACAAAUGGUGAAGCCAGGUCAUCAAUGUUAUCAUAUCAGUUUCCUACAGGAAGAGAUAAAUCUGAAUCGAAAUCAGAUACACAUAUCGCUUUGAAGUUAAAGUUCAUAGAAAUAUACAUGUAUUGUUCAUAUCGAUUCAGAAAGUAAUUUUAAUUAAUGGCUGGCUCACUAAAGUUGCCCUAAAAAAGUGCUCACACUAAUUUAUAUUAUCUUGCAACAUGAUUUUAAGUAAAUGGGAUUUAAUCGCUAAUAAAUACAAUUAUUUAUUCCCGUUUCGGACGUAACGUCAAGUUCUUGGUCACAAGAAAGCUGGCAGAGUGGGUAUGAACACCCUCGCUUCGCGUUUUUUUAGAAAACUUCCCGCACUUGGUUUUGAUUACCUAUUCACCUUUACG